AAAACAAUAUGGAGACGGAUGGUGCACGUGGGGAAGAAGGAGCCAGUGCUUGUAGCCACCCUGAGCCCAUGUCGUCGCCCCAGAGUUCCAGUGACGGGCGUAAGAAGCCAACAUGCAUAAUAGUUCUCGGCAUGGCUGGAUCUGGGAAAACAACAUUUGUUCAGAGAAUCACAGCCCAUCUUCAUGCCAGAAAGAAGCCCCCAUAUGUCAUCAAUCUUGACCCAGCUGUUUUAGAAGUCCCCUUUCCAGCAAAUAUUGAUAUUCGAGACACUGUGAAUUACAAAGAAGUUAUGAAACAAUACUCAUUAGGGCCAAAUGGAGGAAUAGUUACCUCGUUGAAUUUGUUUGCCACCAGGUUUGAUCAGGUGAUGAAAUUUUUGGAGCAGAAAUCAACUGAACAUGAGUACAUCAUACUGGACACACCUGGUCAGAUAGAAGUAUUCACCUGGUCAGCCUCCGGAACUAUCAUCACAGAAACACUUGCAUCCACCUUCCCAACUGUGGUUGUGUAUGUGAUGGAUACGUCUCGUAGUGUGAAUCCAGUUACGUUUAUGUCCAACAUGCUGUACGCUUGUAGUAUCUUAUACAAAACCAAGCUCCCCUUCAUUGUAGCCAUGAACAAGAUCGACAUUGUGGAUAACAGGUUUGCUGUUGAAUGGAUGACCGACUUUGAAGCGUUCCAGGAUGCGUUGGAGCAUGAGACGUCCUAUGUUUCCAACCUCACACGCUCAAUGUCCCUGGUGUUGGAUGAAUUCUAUGCCAACCUACGUAAUGUUGGUGUGUCGUCAGUAACUGGAGAGGGAGUGGAACAGUUCUUCAAACAUGUGAGUGAUGCAGCGGAGGAAUUUGAAAAAGAUUACAGACCCCAGUACGAGAAGCUAAGACGUGAAAAGGAAGAAAAAGAUCUUGAAGAGCAGGAAGAACAGAUGUCUAGACUUCGCAUGGACAUGGGCAAAGACAAACCUGUGCUGAAGAAACAGACAGAUGGUAUGGCAAUCACCCCAGGCUUGGUGGAGGAUGACAGUGAUGAGGACGCACAUGACCCAGACAUGGUGGAUGAGGAGGAACAGAGGGAACUGGAAUCUUUCAGGAAUUUUAUUAAAAGUCAAAAAAGUCGCCAACAACAAAAACAAGACUCGGGAGUCGUGGACAAAACAUGACAAAAGACUUUUUUUUUUACCAAAUCUGUUGUUUGUUUUGUCACAUAGCUGUGCUAUUAAAAUUUGUCAUUGUUAA